UUAUCUCUUGUGAUUUCUUUAGUAUUUGUAGUGUUUGGUGGUAUAAUACGCCUCAAGGAAUUAUUUAAUGGUCAUUCUAUCGACUCUUUGACGAAAUCAAUUAUAUUUUGUACCUUUUUACCCGUGUUUACGACGCCAUAGUCUAAGAUCACCUACUUGAUAAAAUUGAUUAUUGAGCUGUAUAUUCGACCUAAAAAUGGCUGAACAGCCCGAAAGAUAUGUAAACGUAGUGCCGAGCGCCCGUCUAAAAGCCAAACCAAAGAAAGAAAUUAAUCAAGACGAUGAGGACUCCGUCCAUUGCCGUCUAUGUUGGAAGGGGUUUGCCAGUGAGGUGGCUCUCAGGAACCACGCCAGGAUGGAGCAUAUAGAUGCCUAUGCCAGCGGUGAUCCGUCUGUGUGGACACAGAUUAAUGUCAAACAUCAGGAAAAGAGUACAGAAGACAAUAUAAUAAGGAUUAAAACCGAGAAAAUGCUCUCCGAGAUGGAACCAACGAGCGUCAUGGCAUUAGCUUCGAAAGAUGUCAGUUACAUCAUCAUAAAGGCUGAAGACGGGUCGGACGUGAAGAGGAGACGAGUGGACAGAGUGUUGCGGAAGGAGAGAGAGGAGAAACAAGAGAAACAGUUGCCAAAGAAGGAGAAAGAGUCAGAGCCUAUAACCGGUCCAUUCGAGUGCCUCCAGCCGUCCACGCUAGUGGCGGACGGCACAUGCCACCAGAUCUUCUUCUCGUGCUGCGAGUACUCGCUGCACUACCGCGACGAGCACACGCGGCGCCGCAAGGGGCUCCGCUGCCAGGUCUGCGAGAAGCCGCUCGCCUGCUCCGGGGGCGACGCGCCCGCGCCCUACGCCUGUGAGGUCUGCGGGCUCGGCUACAUGACCAACAAGGACCUGUCUGAACACACCGCCAUCGCGCACGUCAAGCUGAAGCCCUUCGAGUGCAGCGUGUGUCACAAGCGGUUCACCCAGCACGGCGGAGUCCUGCAACACAUGCGAAUGCACACGGGGGACAGACCCUUCCCCUGCACCUUCUGCCCGAAAGCCUUCACUCAGAAGUCAGGCCUCGACCAGCACCUCCGCAUUCACACGAAGGUCAAACCAUACCGCUGCGUCGUAUGCAACAAGACAUUCUGCCAGUCAGUUCACCUCAAACAGCACAUGCGGACACACACCAACGUGGCGCCCUUCCAAUGUGGGAUAUGUGACAAGAGAUUCAAGCAGAGCAGUCAUCUGAACUAUCACCUGAAGAACCACAACCCAGCGGUGAUGACGGAGCAGCAGCGGGCAAAGUACGCGGAGCUGGUGGGCAUGAUGAGCGGCCAGGGCCUGGGAGGGGGGGCUGUGCAGGUGGACAGCGAGGUGGACUGCCAGUGGAGCCAGGCCGCGGAGAGCGAGGGCUAGGGCAGUGUCUGCAGGUGGUACUGCCUGGUGGCAGUAAUGGAACUUAGUCAUUGUAACAGUUGUUACAAGUACUUGGUGUAUUUAUUUACGUGAAAUGAAAUUUUAAUGUGCAAUGAUUGAUAGACACACAAAAACCUCUUCACAAUGUGCUCUUGUCUAAUCCUCUCUUAAAGUUAAGUUUUAUUAAUAAAAGAGAACAUAAAAUUCUAUUGAAAGGUAUUGCCCUCGCUCAGAAAGACAAUUUAUUGUUAUUAUUAUAAUAAGUUUAUUUACCUUAGCAUUGGUAUUAAUAUGAAUUUCAGUGCAAUUCUAACAGUAUUUAAGAAUAGGGUGUUCAACUAAAGAAGUAUUAAGUCCGUCAGACAGAUUUCCAAAAACAUAUUAGAUACGUAUUAUCUCUUUUAGCUCGUAAACAAAAAAUGAAAUAAGUGAAAUAAAAUCUCGUUUCGACGUUACUAGCUCCCGCUACAACACAUUUCAUAAUCUGAAGUACUUUUGUACUUUUAAAUGAAGUAAUAAAAUAAUAAAUACGUAUUGAAUAUUAUUGUGAAACCUGUCUGAUUGACCUACUUAGAUUGUUUUAGUCAAAUAUGAAAUACCCUAUUCUAAAACUAUACACAUUUGUAUAAAAAGCAAUAAUUUGCAAUAACUAUUAUCGUAUUAAUUUAUUAUUUAAAUUGUAAAUAUUUUUAAGGUCAAUGUAUUAAUACUUCUUGGUAUACAAGACAUUAUUAUAAUUUCAAUGAUUGUCUAUAACUCUUACAACUCCGAGCGUCAGUGAAUAUUUACUUGGCAGGCAUUUUCAAGGUAUAUAUUUAUGUAAAUAUUUUAUCCCCACGGGGUCCGAUUGUAAAUGCAAAAGUAUUUAAUUGUGUUUGUAUAUGUGUAUGUUUGUAACCUCUUCACGGCUAAACGGCUGGACCAAUUACGAUGUAACUUGUUUUGGAGGUACAUCAAAUGACUUCCGCUUUGGGUUGAGCGUAAGGGUGUUUCAGACUUUUAGUGACUAAAACACACCCAUGUUCUUUACUGAGCCUUUUUUGUGCUGGUUACCCCUUCGCAUAAACCCGGUAGAGGGUGAAAAUAAAUCGGAAGAAUUUUGCAUUUCUACUUUAAAAAGUGGUGUUAUAAAAAAAUCAAUAGAUUUAAAAAAUACCCACGUUUCUAAGUGCCACUCCAUUAAAAUUUUAUCGAA